AUAUUGGCCAUUUGUUAUUGCGUGGAUAAAUACAGGAUGACAGUCAUUCCUCUCGUACCAGAUAGUAUCCCAAUAUUGGAUAUACGUGUAUUAGAUGGUAAUGAUCAAGAAAAUAUAUGGAAAAUAUUGAAAUCCGUUUUCCCUAAUUGGUCAAAAGAAUAUACGAAAAUGAAACCAUUAGAAGAAGGAUUAUCUAAUAUAGUUCUACGUUUUGAUCAUAAUAAUAAAAUAGAUGAACCUAAAACUAUUCUUAUGAGAAUUCGAACAAGAUUAGCCGAUUUUAUUGUGAAUAGAUGGGAUGAAAUAAAACAUAUGCAUUUAUUACAUGAACUUGGUGGUGAACAAAAAUUAUAUGCAGUUUUUCAAAAUGGUUUAGUUUAUUCAUUUAUUAAAGGAUCAACUAUAAGUGUGGAUAAAUUUUCAGUGCCAAAGUAUAGCGAAUUAAUAAUUGAACAAGUGGCUAGAUUGCAUAGUUUACCAACUCGAGAAACUAUGCUACGUUUAUUCCCUAGUGAAGUAAAUGAUUCAUCAAAACUUUAUACAAAACCUGUACUUUUUCCAACAAUACGGAAAUGGAUUGAAAAAUUACCAACUGGCUAUAAUAAUGAUCAUCAAAAAUUUGAAAGAUUUAAAAAUGAAUUUCCUUCAAAAACAGUCCUCUUGAAUGAAGUGGCGUAUUUAGAGAAAUUACUUAAAAACCCUAUUUCCCCAGUUGUCCUAUGUCAUAAUGACUUAUUAGCUGGAAAUAUUGUCAUGCCUCCGGAUGAAAAAUCAGUCCACUUUAUUGAUUUUGAAUAUUGUGGAUUUAAUCAUGCAGCAUUUGAUAUUGGGAAUCAUUUCUGUGAAUUUGCCGGUAUCAAUGUUGUCAAUUUUGAUAAUUAUCCAACAAAAGAAUAUCAACGUAUGUGGAUAAGUAAAUAUUUAAAAGCUAAAAAUUAUUAUGAAAAAAAAUUUAAUCAACAAGCGGAAAUUAUUCAUAAUGGAUAUUCCACUACUCCUAUAAUGAUCACUUCAUAUUCGAAUCAUAUAGAUCAAGAUCAUAACAAUAGUAAUAAUAAUAAUAAUAAUAAUCAUUGUGAAAAUGAAAGUUUACUUGAGAAAUGGUUGAUUGAAGUGAAUAAUUUUGCUCUGUCGGCUCACUUGUUCUGGGGUGUUUGGGCAGUAAUAUUAUCGGUUCAAGAACAGACGAAAUUCGAUUAUUUAUCAUAUGGUAUCUCUCGUGUCAAUCAGUAUUACGCAAUGAAAAAUCAUCUUAUUACAAUGAAUUAAUAAACAAAUUUUUUUAUGCAAUAAUUGAAUCCAAUAAAACUUGUCACCAUGUCUAUACAUAAACAUCAUUAUUACUACUACCACCACCAUCACCGUAAAUGUGAAAUUCACUUGGUGAUAUUAUACUUCAUCAAUUCUAUUCAAUAAAUAAAGUCUAUAUGUGUAUAUCAAUUGGAUCAUAGAUGAUGGAGUUUAUUUUAAAGAGAAUCAUACUGUGAUUCAUCUUUUCAAUGGUCAAGUCUAAUUUCUAAUUAGUUCAUUCAUCAAUCAAUUGCAAUGUAUUCCGUUCUCCUUUAUUUGUUUGUUUGUUUAUUUUCUUUUUAUUGAUCUCGUUCCUCUUUUUUUUCUCUUCUUUUCUUCAUUAUGUUUUGACUAAAAAAUUGGCUGAUACACAAAAAUAGUAUGUCGAAUGUUGUAACCUGUGAAUUAUAAUGAUGUUUUUACAGGGUUAUUUAUUUAUUUAUUUCAACACAUAAGUAUUGGUACAAGAGGGCACCAAAUAUAUAUGCGCC